AUGCAGCAGUCCCACCGCAGAUCUUCUCAGAAUAAAACGUUAAUCGGAUUCUAGUUAGUACAUAUACUAAGAGAAAUUAAAACUGCGCCAUGAGGUGCAAAACGCUCUCAUGCUUGUUAUUACUAAUUUCAAGCUAUGCUACCUUGGGUUUUAAGAUACCUAGCAUUGAUUUCGAAAUGCUAGAUGAACAAGGAUUCGAGGUGUCCAUACCAGAUGAGCCUGGCAUUCAGCGGGUGUUCUACAUGCUCCAAAUAGACGACACCUGUCCGGCCUUAAUGGACUAUAUUACGGUGGCAGUAAAUGGGAGCUGGGUUUCCAGACAGAAGAUGAGUCUCCAGAACAACGACAAGCUUCAGAUAUCAUUGCUGGUGCAGUAUAACGAGGAGAUCUUCGAGAAGAGUGAAACUAGGGUGAUUCUUAACAAGCGGCUACUGACCACCAGGGACUCCAACUCGCGGAGCAUUAGUUUUCCCUCGGGAGAGGGUGAAUGUCAGGCAUUCCUCGCUCCGCAGCAGCAAGCCAAACGCUGCAAGCCAGCCCAAACCAUCGUGGGCAGUGGACGCCGCACCUGCCAGGGUGAACUCAUCUUCGAGGACAACUUUUCGGAGGCGCAACUGAACAAGAGUACCUGGAAGCACGAUAUCCGGCAACGCAUGUAUCACGUAGAGGAGGAGCUUGUGGCCUUCGACGAUGCCGCUCGUAACUCCUUUGUAAAAGAGGGAGAACUCCAUAUAGUUCCCAUCGUGGCCAGUGAGGUUACCGAGGGCAGUUUCAAGCUGGGAGAUCGCUGUACGGCCGUCGAAAGCCCGGAUCAGGAGUGCAAUGUUGCCCAGGGAAGCUUCUACAGCAUUAAACCUCCAGUUUUCUCCGCCCAAAUUCACACUCGAGAUUCGUUUAGUUUCAAGUUCGGCAAGAUAGUGGUGCGAGCCAAAUUACCUAAGGGGGAUUGGCUUUUUCCCUAUUUGAUGCUCCAACCUGUUUCCACAUACGCGGAGACGCACUAUGCUAAACAGUUGCGUAUUGCCUACGCCCGGGGUAAUGCUUAUUUACGCACCAAACAAGGAGAUGAUAUCUCAGGAAACCAUCUGUAUGGCGGUGGUGUUGUUUGGCAUCAUGGGAACCCCGUUCAGUUCAUCAAGGAUCGAUUGAGCACGACCCACUAUGGUGAUGAUUUUCACAACUAUACCAUGAUCUGGCAAAGGGAUAAAAUUACCUUGAUGGUGGAUGAUGAGGUUUACGGAGAGCUGUACGAUGGAUUGCCAUUCUUCAGCGAGAAGUGCUUUAUAAUAUUUGGUGUAACAGUGGGAGGUUUCCUUAAUUUUGAUGACAGCCUAUUGGCGAAGGAUGUGAAGCCUUAUAAAAACAAGGAACCUCGGGCUGCACUCUCCUUUUGGCAACACCGUGAUGCUUGGGCGCCCACUUGGGGCAGGCAAAGCGCCAUGAUUAUAGAUUAUGUGAGGGUUUAUGCGGAGUAAUUUUUGUUAAUUGUGGUAUUCGAAAAUAGUUAGUUAACAGAAACACUUGUAGUCACUUAUCAAGUUUUUUAUAAUAUUCGUUAAAAUAAAAAUACUAUGGGCAAGAA